AUGGCGCCCGAGGUCGUCGGCAGCGACGAGAGCAUCGGCGUGUACAGUCUCGGCGUCGUCCUCACCGAGCUCGACACGCAUCGCAUCCUAUCACGCCCCAAGCGCUUCCUCGUCGCGGACGAGAGCUGCCUGCGCUGGUUUGUUGAGCUCGCGCAUGCGUGCACGGCACGAUACUCCAAGCGUCGCCCGACCGCGCGCCAUGUAGCUGCGCAGCUUGACGACCACAACCAGGUGCUUCCGUAA